AUGAUCCAUGCGGCUGCUCCCCAUUUUCUGUGGCCGUUUGCGGUCCGGUACGCUGCGCAUCAGCUCAACCUCUGGCCCCGUCCCCCUCCGGUAGACCCCCUCCCCCCUCAGGGUCCUGCUCCUUCAGGUGUGUCUCAGGUAGACCCACUUCCCUUAGCUGAGCCUGUCGAGGUCACUGGUGACUCUGGUGCUGCUGGGGGUGGUGCUGCUCGGGAUACUACUCCGGGGGUGCUGAGGCUGAACGUGCGGAGCCUAGGACUGCCGAGCCUGAGCGUGCAGAGCCUGGGGGUACUAAGCCUGGGGGUGGUGCGUAUGCUGAUAGUCCUCCGGGUACCUUGCCGCAGCAGUCUAGCCAGCGAGAGCCUCUCUCGCCCCAGCAGCUGCGCGAGUGGUUUGCUCAGCGCACCCGCCUUCACAAUCGCGCUGCUGCAGCUCGAGGCACUGGCGCUGGAGAUACUGGAGUUGGAGGCGCUGGUGCUGGAGGCGCUGGAGCUGGAGGCACUGGACCUGGCGACGCUGGAGCUGGAGGCGCUGGCACUGGAGGCGCUGGAGCUGGAGGCGCUGGAGCUGGAGGUGCUGGCGCUGGAGGCACUGGAGCUGGAGAUGCUAGAGCUGGAGGCGCUGGAGCUGGAGGUGCUGGCGCUGGAGGCGCUGGAGCUGGAGGCACUGGACCUAGAGACGCUGGAGCUGGAGGCACUAGCAGUGGAGGUGCUGGCGCUGGAGGCACUGGAGCUGGAGACGCUGGAGCUGGAGGCGCUGGAGCUGGAGGCGCUGGAGCUGGAGGUGCUGGCGCUGGAGGCGCUGGAGCUGGAGGCGCUGGAGCUGGAGCUUGUGGCGCUGGAGCUGGAGGUGCUGGCGCUGGAGACACUAUGA